CCGGAGCACCCAGCACAGUGCACACUCGCACCCAGCACCGAGCAGUCGGACCCGGGGACAGUGCACCCUCGCCCCUGGCACACACCAGUAUGGUUGAUAACACCAGUGUCGCCAGUAAAUCUGCUUUGCAGGCAGCAUUCUCGGCCCCUACGUCUAUCCCCUCGCUCCUUGUAUCUGCUUCCUCCCACCACAGCUCACCUUUUCCUAUUUCCCGUCCUUCCCAGUCCUCCCAGUCUGUUUCUUCAGGUGGCGGUAUGAGACUCGAGGCGGUCAUGGAAAACCUGCAACGCCAACAAGCUGCGCGCUUGGCCUUAGAGGAAAAAUUGAGGCAAGAAAAGGACAGAGAGCUUCGAUGUUUGGUGGAAUCCAGAAUACAACAGCAGGCGUUGGCCAUACGGCAGUACCAGGCGGCCGUCAGGGCGGCUGCAGCAGUGGCAACAGUGGUCACGUCACCUUCACCCUCCAACACCAUCAAUGCAACCACUACCAGUACAUCUGCAACCAGCUCGACCGUGUCCCAGAACCGGCCUACUCUGAUAUACACACGGGUGCCGGUCCAUCAACCAGAAGAGGAAGAGCCCAAGCACAAGAGCGAUGGUGAUGACGCAGACUUCGAAGACGAAGACAUGGAAGAUGAGGAUGGGGAAGAAGAAGAUGAAGAAGAUUUGGAGAUGUCCUCAAACAUACAACGACCCGAUUCACCGGGCAAAAUAGUGUCGGGGGUGGGUCACUCUCAGAUGCCAAACACAAGUUCACAGUCCCAGACUUUAUCCCCUAAUGGACAACCAGGACCUCACGAAUGGACAUAUGAGGAGCAGUUCAAACAGCUGUAUGAGCUCGAUGAGGACCCCAAGCGGAAGGAAUUCCUGGACGAUCUCUUCAGCUUCAUGCAGAAAAGAGGGACGCCGGUGAAUCGGAUCCCCAUCAUGGCGAAGCAAGUUCUGGACCUGUACACGCUCUACAGACUGGUGACGGAGAAGGGCGGACUGGUGGAAGUGAUCAAUAAGAAGAUCUGGAGAGAGAUCACCAAGGGCCUGAGCCUCCCCACGUCCAUCACCAGCGCAGCCUUCACACUGAGAACACAAUACAUGAAGUACCUGUAUCCCUACGAAUGUGAGAAGAGGGGUCUCAGCUCCCCCGGAGAGCUGCAGGCCGCCAUCGACAGCAACAGGAGAGAGGGGCGCAGACAAGGCUUCGGCUCGGGGCUCUUCAGUUACUCACCCGUGGGGACCCCAAAUGUCCUGACAUCCCCAAAAAUAAGCAUGCCCACCCUGUCAGUCACCACACACAACGGAGCGCAAAUCAGCCAGAUGCCAAUUAUAAAAAAAGAGGAGGGCCUACACCCAUCUGCACCCCCUCACCGAAUCAGCUUCCCCGUAGCUCUGCCCGGGCACCACGCAGCAGCAGCCCAGGCCGUACAAGCCAUGCAGGCCGCAGCCCUGGAGCAACUCCGCGAGAAGCUGGAAUCUGGGGAACCACCAGAAAAGAAGAUGGCGAUGAUGGCGGAGGAACAGCAGAGGCUAAUGCAGCACGCGCUACAGCAUAACCUGCUGGCCAUGGCGGCUCACAUGCCCAUGAAGAUCAAAAUCAACAACCGAGACGACAGACAAGAGACAGCGAUGAACCUGUCUGCCUCCACCAUUAGCAGCAUCAACAUGUCGAUGGAAAUAAAUGGAGUUGUGUACGCAGGUGUAUUAUUUGCCCACAGAGCAACAUCAACUUCAGGGUCAAGCACAAGCUCCGUCAACAACAACGAGCGAUCCAGUCCAUCUACAGCACAAAUCCCUCUACAGUCAUCCACAUCGCAAGGACACACUCCACCCAGGUCUUCCCCGUGAGUCCCCGCUGACCCUCAUCCAGAGCCCCUUAUACCCACAUCUCACAUCCUCAUCCAAGGAAGGGUGGGCUUUUUCGGAG